AUGAAUCAAACUUCCUCAUCAUUAGCAAGUAAUGAUGAUUUAAAAGAAUUAUGUAUUUUACUUGAUGAAGAACGUUAUAAAAUGCAUGAAUUAGCUGAACAAUGGAAAAUGUUUGGUACAAAUACAAUACGUAAACUAACAUGUCAAAUAGUUGAUUAUCAAAAUAAAUUAAAUGAACUUGAACAACGACAAAUUUUACUUGUAAAUGAAAAUCAAACACUUAAAUCAUUUAUCCAACAAAUAAUAAUAAAAAUAAAUGAAAAUAAAAAAAUUCAACGAAAUGUUUCAACACAAACAAAUGUUGAAAAACGUGAAUCAUUUCGUUAUUCAUGUUUUCAAAAACCCAAACCAACUUAUGAUCGUUUAAUACGAACAAAACUAACAAAUCAACAAAAAAUUCCAAUAAAAAAAUCAAUUAAUGACCCACUUCAACAACAAAUUUCUAUCCAAAAUAUGUUUGAUGCUAUUAGAACAGCUGAAGUUUAUGAAUCAAUUGAAAAUAUGACUGGAAAUGCUAAUGAUACAGAAAAAAAAUUACUUAAAGAAUUUUGUAAUUUUGUUUGGAAAUAUCUUGAAGAUCGGUCAAAACCGAAUAGUAGUUGUCUAUUAUAA